AUGCCCGAUGCCGAAAAUGACAAAUUCACCAACUCAUUCGACAUGUUUAUCCGUGGGCAGGAGAUUGUCUCAGGUGGUCAACGUAUUCAUGAUCCUCACAUGCUUGAGGAGAACAUGCGCCGCGUUGGUAUCAACCCAGAGGAUAUGGAGGAAUAUCUCGAGGGUUUCCGAUGGGGUGCUCCCCCUCACGCAGGUGCCGGUGUUGGUCUCGAGCGAAUUGUCAUGCUGAUCUUGAAACUGGGCAACAUUCGUCUUACCUCGCUCUUCCAUCGUGAUCCCAAGAGCUUGCCAGCGAAACCGGUCGGAGAGAAGCUACGUCACCCUGAAUCGUCGACCAUUGAACCGCCAUGGCAACGCGAGCACAAGGGUCGUGUGGCUUCCGAUGUUAGCGAGUUGCAGCCGCUGGAGGAGCUGGUUGCUAACUACGGUGAUGCCACAUCAACUUCUUGGUUCGAUGAUCGGUUCAAGAUCUGGCGUGACAUGGCCACUGGUGCGGCCGUCGCCUACGUUCCCAGCUCCAACAACUACGCCGUCAUCCCAGGUAACCCAGCCUGUGACCCCAAACAAUACACACGCACCAUCACACAAUUCUUGCAAUGGAUGCGCCGUGAGACCAAGUUCAAGCCCGUUUGGAUUCUCUGUUCGCCAGAGGUUGAGACCAUCCUGGGUGAGCGACUGGGCUGGCGCAGUCUGUCUUGUAUUGCUGAGGAGCGUGUUGAUCCCUCGCGCAACCAGGCUGCCUCUGACGGCGAAAUAUCCCGCAAGCUCCGUCGCGCCGAGAACGAGGGCAUCAAAUUGGUCACAUUCAACCAAGGCGAGAUGGUCCCAGAUGACGUCCGCAAGAAGAUUGACGAUCGCAUCAGCGAAUGGCUGUCAAACCGCAAGGGCACACAAGUCCACCUUUCACAGAUUCGCCCAUGGUGCGACUCCGAGCACCGCUGGUACUUUUACGCCAUGGACAAGAAUGGCAACAUCUGUGCCUUUGUCGCAUUGGCCAUGCUGUCCCCUGCCCAUGGCAUGCAAGUGAAGUACAGUCUGGACUUUCCCGGCGCUCCCAACGGUGUCAUUGAAUAUAUCGUCACCCACGCCAUCCAGACCGCCGCCAAGAGCGGUGUCAAGGCCCUCACUUUCGGCGCUGGCGCCACUUCCCAACUUAUCCCUGGCCACAACAUGCACGGCACCAAGGUCAAGAUGCUGGAGCACACCUACGAAGCCCUCGCUAAGCAGUUUCACCUCGUGCGCAAAAGUGAAUUCCGUGCUAAGCUAGGUGCCACCGAGGAUCCGCUGUACAUCUCGUACCCUGCCCACGGUCUUGGCUCCAAGGGUAUCCGUGCCAUUCUGAACUUUUUCGAGGAUUAA